AUGAUCAGCACUAGUAACUCAUCGGUUUCUGUUACGUUUAAUAUUUUAAGCAAGAAAACAAAAUGUACAUUGGAAUUGGAUGGUAGUAUCACGAUUGGAAGAAUUAAACAAGAAUUACAACAGGAUUUUCAAAUACCUCCAUCCAGAACUAAAAUCAUCAAUUCGGGAAAGAUUCUGGCUGAUGAUGUUGUACUAUCAUCUCUAAAGAGAAAGAAUAUUGUAUUCUUGGUGAUGGGUAGUAAGCCUUCUUCCGAGUUAUCACAGUUAGUUGUAGAGGAUUGUAUUGCUGCCUCGUUGGGUUUUCUUACCUUGGAGGAGAUUCAAAAUUGUAGAUUAGUAUCACGAUCAUGGAAUGUAAUGUGUCUCAAGGGAAGUGUAAAGAAUAGAGAUCGGUACACUUUUUCAUCGGAUGGAAAAACAUGUUUUGAUUUGUUGCAAAAUAAGACGGCUUAUGUGUUAAGCGAGCCAAUUCAAUCCAUUUACGAAAUGACCUCGAUACACUCAUCAUACAUUCAUGAUUAUUUUAAUGUUUAUACGGUAUCAGGAGCUGUUAAAAAGAGAGUCUAUACAGGAACAGAAAUGGUGUUUAUUGUAAAUACGAAUGGUAUUGCUGAAACCAGUGACGUAUUUCAAGCGAUUGAUGUCCCAACAGGAAGUGUUAUUUUACGAUUCAGUGAACAUACCUUCAAUGAAAUUAAGCCAAUUGAUGUAAAGAUGAAGCAAGAAAGAGCAUUUACAACCUUCCGCCGAGAACUCUUACUGAAAAAAGAUAAAGAAAGAAGAGACAGAUUGAAACAGGAGUUCAAUGAGCAAAUGAAGCUUCAAAAGACUGCAGUUAACAGCGUGGAAUGGCAACAACGACUCAUUCUGUUACAAAAUGAAGCCAAUGAUACCAGAAAGUUUGAAGAGUCAUCUGAAUUCCAGAAUCUCGUUGAAUCUGAGAGGAAAAAGUUUUUUGCAGAUACUUUAAUUUUUGCAUUUUACGAUCACUCGACGAAGAAUAUCAUUUUAGAGUUUGGAAACUAUAUUGUCAGUAUUGACCCUAAAACAGGAAAUUGCAAGAACCAUGUCACACUUGUGUCCACAACUCAAAAAGAAGAAAUUAUUGAAGAAGCUGUAACUCCAAUACUUCCAUUGGAAAAAUUCUACAUUUUGAAAACUCAAAGCAAUAAUGUCAUGCUGCUCGAUAGACAAACCCUUAAAAUAGUAUUUGUAAUGAAGGACAUUGGAACGGACAUUCGAAAUUUCAUAUGUCCCAUCAAGACUGAAGACGAAUUGUAUAUUUUAGCAGAGAGCUCAAAUGGUGCGUAUUCUUUGUGGACGACUACUGGGAAAAACGUGAUGGAUUUUACAACGGAAUCACUUCAUGUGACGCAUCACAACAUAUUUGCCGGCUCUUCUGUAUUUGAUAUUGACGAACUGAAACAAACUUUUGCAGGUUUUGACAGAGAUAGAAAUCAGCUCGCGAGCGGCACUCCCUUAGUGAUCUACGAAGAUAAAGAAUUUUCUCUUGGAGGAUUCAUCCAUCUUUCAAAAUUUGGAAAGAUUGAGAAACAGAAUGCUUUUGGAGCGGUGGAAGAAUUAAGACGGUGCUCAUGUUUCAAAUCAGUGGCUGUGAAUGUGGAAUAUGAACGUCACUUUAGAGCUCAAGAGAAAGUAGUUGAGGCAAAGCUCGUACCUUCAAUUCAAUGGGCAGUACCGAUUGGAGUACCUUGGUCCCUGCAGGCUUCUAUGCCCCGAUCGUUUUACUUGUAUGGAGAUUACCUGUAUUUUGUUUGUGCCAUUCCAUCUGGCAAACGCAAAGGUUCAACCACAAGUGAAGAAACGAAUGAUGACGAAGAAGAACAAGCCGAUGAGAACGAUCGCAGUGAAGAAAAUGACGAAGAUGACGAAGAAUUGGACACAUCUCAUCAUCAGCAUGAGAAAUACCUUCUCUACUGUUUGGAUAUCAAGGCUGGAACUAUGGUUUGGAAAGAUGAAAGGUUCUCUGCUGUCAAUUCCAAAACAAUGUCAAUUGAGGUUUUCCCAAGAGCCAAUUCCCUCUUCACCUUUUUCCAUACGACCGCAGGAACUGUUUUAAUGAUCCACAUUUUGAAUACGGGAACUCUAACAUUCAGGACUACUCAAUCUUCUAACGAUGAUCAAAUGUCACUCGAUCACAAACAAUUGAUAUUAUCUUAG